UCUCAGAAAAUCAACAGCUCCAUUUCUUCAUAAACAAACAUGCAAGAAAAGAAGGCAGAAACGGGAAAUAAAAAUGCGAAAAAGACGAAUCUCUUAGAUCACAGCUCCAUCAAGCAUCUCCUCGAUGAAUCCGUCUCCGAGAUUGUUAAGAGUCGUGGAUAUGUUGAAGAUGUGAGGAUGAGCAAUGGCAGAUUAUUGAUUGGAACUAUGACUAUUGUAAUCGCUCUUGUUGCUCAAUUUUACAAAAAGAAGUUCCCCGAAAACCGUGAUUUCCUCAUCGGUUGCAUCGUAUUAUAUAUAGUCUUCAAUGGAGUACUCCAGCUGAUCAUAUACACAAAGGAAAAGAAUGCCAUUCUCUUUACAUAUCCUCCUGCUGGAUCUGUCACUAGCACUGGUUUGGUUGUCUCUUCAAAGUUGCCUAGAUUCUCUGAUCUUUAUACCCUUACCAUAGCCAGUGCGGAUCCCAAGUCCAUAUCUGCAGGGAAACCAGUCGAGUUGACCAAAAGUGUUACCCAAUGGUUUACCAAGGACGGAGUAUUAGUGGAGGGACUAUUCUGGAAAGAUGUUGAAACACUAAUAAAUGAGUAUGCAGCAGAACCAAAGAAAAAGAAGUGAUCUUAGAUAACUAGAUGCUAAGCCUUAAUCUGAUAGGUUCACCAGAAUUAUUGGUCUUGCUUUUGAGGAUUUUAAACUAAAUGAACUUUGCCCGAGGAUUAGAAGGCAAUUUUCAUCAUUUAACGAACAAUGGGUUCCUGUUAAUGAAAAAAGAAUUAGCAUCUUUAGUUUUA